AUGUCUCAACUCAAUCCUGACGGGCCCCUUGUCACUGGCCAGCACGGAUCAGGCCGAUCCGACGAGACCUAUGCGGCAUCCGUCAGGCAGAACCCUAGACGAGUGACUGGCACGCCCAGCAUGAUUCUGCCGCGCAGAGGAUCACGGUCUGCUUGCAUGACAGGAUCCUCCGCGCCAGACGGUCGAUCGGUCGGUGCCCGGCCUCGAGUCGAGGCUGGAACCGACGGGAAUUACAUCCAGCGCGAACUCAAUCCUCUCAACUCCAACCCCAAAUAA